CCAAAUCUUGUUGUGACCUCCCCCGCCCCCUUGGUUUCUUUAUUCUCUUGUUCUUUUACAAACUCUUUUUUGCCUGCUUUCUCUUGGUUUCACCCCACUCUUUUCUUUUUGAGAUCCAUGAAACGCUCAUUAACGAUUGACCUGCCGGUUGAACAGGUCGCCAAGGUAGUUAAGCGUCACCUUGUGUUUCAGCCCAGCCAACCAACAUUGCAACCCAGUGACGACUAUGCCGCUCAUCACCAACUCCCAGGUGGAUCAGUUGUAGACGAGAUCUACAAAUGGACUGCACGCAUUGAUAGUACCCAACAACGGCGAGAGCGUACCCAAUCUAUUUCUUUACCUGCAAUUCGGCAUGUCACCACCGAUCCUCUUUUACAAUCACUAAAACAGCCAGGCGGCUUCAGACGCUACCAUGUUCUCACAACUGCCCGUCUUCAAGGCAAAACACUCCCCAACUUGGUGACAAGUAGCUUUGUAGAAUUUUUAUGCUUAUAUGGCCACUUUGGCGGUGAGGAUCUAAGUGACGAUGAAGAAUCGAGUGACGAUGAGGAAUUAACUGAUGAGAAUGAAGAGGAUGAGGAUGAGGAUGAGGAUUCAACUGAUGAAAACGAAGCCGAGGGUGCGGAAGAAGAGGCUUCUGGCAGAGGAAGAGUCUAUCGAGGGGCUAUGCUUCAGACAAAUCCGUCCUAUCUCUCCACAGGCGGACCUGUCUUACCCCUACCUGUCACUUCCUCAUCUGCUGUAUCAAAGGGACUUCAUCAUCAGCCAGUCCAGUAUCGUCACCUCCAUGCUCGAGAAACAAUGCCUUUACUCUCGCGCUCUAAACCAGGGCAGACCCUUCAGGGUAAAGCUACACCAGGAAAAGCUAUGUUUUUACUAUUAAAAUCCUUUGUCACUACCGGGAUUAUGUUUCUCCCCAAAGCAUUCGAUAACGGAGGGCUUGUAUUCUCUACUGUUGGUAUAGUACUGCUGGCACUGAUAUCGUAUUGGUCGUUUAUGCUGCUAGUCCAAACCCGCCUGGUGGUUCCAGCUAGUUUUGGUGACAUGGGAGGAGUGUUGUAUGGCUCAUGGAUGCGUACUGCUGUACUAGUGUCAAUCACCUUGUCUCAGAUUGGAUUUGUUUGUGCCUACAUGAUCUUUGUUGCUGAAAAUUUACAAUCACUUGUAUUGGCGUUUUCAAAAUGCAGAGUUUUGAUUCCAAUGCACCUGUUAAUUUUAGCGCAGAGCUUUGCAUUUAUCCCUCUUGCUAUGAUCCGCAAAAUUCAACGUUUGUCCGUCUUUGCUCUUAUUGGAGACGUGUUUAUCGUAAUUGGCCUUGGUUAUCUUUUCUACUACGAUAUCAAGGAAUUGGUGGUUGUUGGUAAAGCAGAUGUUGCUUUAUGGAACCCUCUCCAUUUUCCACUCUUUAUUGGUACCGCUGCCUUUACCUUUGAAGGUGUUGGCCUAGUUAUCCCAAUCACUGAAUCAAUGAAGGACCCACAAAAGUUCCCCACUGUACUUAAACGCGCGCUCUUUUUUAUCACUCUUUUGUUUGUAUCUAUGGGUGCAUUAUCAUACUUGACAUUUGGUGAUAACGUAAAGACAAUCAUAUUGCUCAAUCUUCCGAGCAAAGAUCCAAUGGUUUCUUCUAUUCAGACCCUGUACUCUCUUGCUAUAUGUCUUUCUAUCCCUUUGCAGCUCUUUCCUGCUAUUCGGAUUAUGGAAAAUGGUUUGUUUGUGACUAGGUCUGGUAAGAAUAACACACUUGUGAAGUGGCAAAAGAACGUUUUUCGAGUUCUGGUCGUGUUUAUAUGUGCCUGGAUUGCCAUCGUUGGAUCUAAGGAUAAGCUCGACAAAUUCGUAUCCUUUGUUGGUGCUCUUUUUUGCAUCCCUCUUUGCUUCAUUUUCCCUCCCCUUUUCCACCUUAAAGCUCUCUCCUUACCCAUUGGCCGUCGUCUCGCAAAUAUAUUUCUGAUUACAUUGGGUGCUAUUGGCAUGAUCUCUGUCACUGUACUUACUCUUAGCCAGUGGAACUCAUCUGAAUCCCAGGAUCCUACCAAAGAAUGCAUUCUUCGCAAAACAUAAGCUGUCAUAGUCCCCCAAUAUUUCAUAUCUUAUACCAACACCAUCUUAUUAUCUUAUAUACACUCACAUACAUUACACAAAAGAACAAAUUCAAUCAAUUUGGCAAUAUGUCAAUAAACAGUAUACAUACAACAU